AAUAUUACGUAAUCAUUCCGAUCGAAAUUGGCCCCGAGAUCGGAUGGAAAUGUGAUGCUGGGCAUAUCACUAGGGGCAUUUGGGUUAUGACGGGCAUGGGGCAAGACUAGCAUUUACCGCACAAGAGAGGAACAGGUCCUGCUGUUUGUGUAAAGCGUCCAGCCACGAUCUUAACAUCGGAUCCUCAAACACAAGAUGAUUCCUUUCUUCCAGCGGGCUCGGGGAGAUCCUUGGCACCGGAUUGGCCUUGCAUCUGCAUUUCCCGACCUGAGCCUUGAUAAAGAUUGCUCCCAAAUCACACCGAGCUGCAAGGCAUUCCGCAUCCCCAAGGCGGAUGGGUCGGCCAUUUCAAAUGGCCCAGAAGAAGCCGACGUCGAAGCGCCAGGGGACUUGAAGGACCAGGUCCUUGUGUUUCAAUACAAAGGGAAAUUCCAUGCCGUUGAUCAUUCAUGUCCGCAUUCCUCUUUCCCACUUUCACAAGCGAGUAUCUUCGACAUUGAGGAUUUCGGCAUCACCCUGAGUGCCGGGUUGACCUGUCCCAAGCACGGGUGGUCCUUUGAUCUUUUCUCCGGACAGGGAGAUCGUGGCAACUACAAGCUCAAGAUUUGGGAGGUGCAAUUACGAGACCCGUCGGUAUCGAGUGGUCAGGUCUUGGAAGGGGACAGGGAAGUAUGGGUGAGGCGAAAGCAGCGGAUUGGUUAAUGCUACUGCUUUCCCAAGGCCUCACACUGUGAGCCAUGAUGAUAUCUGGCCGAUGGGCUCUUUGGACCUAUUGAUAGAAGACCUGUACAUUACGUAGAACAAUGGCAAUGAAUUGAACGACAGUCUACUUCAAG